GUGGGUUUCGUUACGGGCCUACAAACUUGCGUGAGGCAUGGAUUCCCACGGCCCGCUUCCGCUAGCGGCGUUGUCUCUGCACGCGCUCGGCGCGCCCGCAGGGCUUGGCGCAAGCAGGCACGCAGCAAGGCCCACCAAGGCCGCUCCGCCGCCCGUCAGCGCUCGCGAUGGCGUGCGCAGCCACCCUAUCAAUGCGGCUCUCGCCACCAGUGACAGCAGCAGCGCCAGCAGUGGCGCCGCCGACAGCGCGCCUGCUCAGCGCCCGGGCCCGCACGCGCUGCAGCGCCUGGUGAGCGCGGUGCCGGCGGCACUGGCGCGACUGGUCACCGGCCCUUUCCACCAGCCUGCUUUCAACGGCCCUGCGUCGCUGUCCGACAUGCGUGUGUUCCCCGCCCCGGUGCCCAAGCGGGCGGCUCCCGGCGGCGGCGGCCGGCCUGCUGGAGGCGCGGCGCGCAAGGCGGCACUUGUUUGGUUCCGCAACGACCUGCGCCUACAUGACAACCCGGCGCUGGAGCAGGCUUGCCGCCAGUCCAGCUCGGUGCUGCCGGUGUACGUGUUUGACCCGCGCGACUACGGCAAGACGCCGAGCGGCUUUGACCGCACCGGGCCCGGCCGCGCGCGCUUUCUGCUGGAGGCCGUGGCGGACCUGCGCCAGCGCCUGCGUGACGCCGGCAGUGACCUGGUGGUACGGCUGGGGCGGCCGGAGGCGGUGCUGAAGGAGCUGGCGGCGGCGGUGGGCGCCGGCGCGGUGUACUGCCAGAGCGAGGUCACGGCGGAGGAGAUGCAGGUGGAGGGCCGUGUGCGCGCGGCUCUGGACCGCGAAAGCUGCGAGCUGCGGCCGCAGUGGGGCGGCACCCUGUUCCACCUGGAGGAUCUGCCCUUCAGGCUGGAUGCUAUGCCAACCAGUUACGCCGAUUUCCGCGAGCGCGUCGCCAACCUCAAGGUGCGGCAGUUGUCCGAGUCGGACGGCGGAAUCAAGGGUCUGCCGGCUGGCAACAGUGUGGAGCCGGGCGACAUCCCCACACUGCAGCGCCUGGGCUUCUCCCCGGCCGCCGCCACUGCGGGCGCGGCCGCACCCGGCAGUGGCCUGGGCGCGCCGCUGCAGCUGGGCGGCGGUCCCGCGCUGGUGCUGCGCGGCGGCGAGAGCGAGGCGCUGCGCCACAUGCAGGCCUUCAUAGACGAGCUGAGGCGUGCAGUGUCGGGCGCUGCCGCCGCCGCCUCGGGCAGCGGCAAGCCGGGCGCCGCGCCGCCCUCCGCCACCUUCUCCUGCCGCAUCUCGCCCUGGCUGGCGCUGGGCUGCCUGUCGCCGCGCCGUAUGUACCACGAGAUGCGGCAGCAGCUGGCGCCCGCGGGCGCGCCCGUCAUCCGCAGCAGCAGCAGCAGCGCCAUCGGCAGUGGAAGCGCCGCUGCGCCGCUAUCGGGGCCGGCGAAGCAGGGUGGCGCGGCGGCCGGCGGCGCCGGCAGCCCGGCCAACUGGCUUGUGUUCGAGCUGCUAUGGCGCGACUUCUUCAGGUUUGUGACUCAGAAGCACUCGGCCGGCGCGCGCCUGGCUGCAGCCAAGAGCGCCGCCCGCAGUGGACGCUCCGCCGCCGCGGCGCCGGUGGCACCCGCCAUGGCUGCAGCCCUGGCUUGAGGAUGCCAGUGUGGAAUCACCGUAGCAGCUUUGACUGCAUUGUACCAUAUAGGUCUUCUGCUUAUGUAUGAUGUAUGGCUAGGGUGAGGAUGACACUGUGAGUGAGUGAAACUGUGUUGAAAAGUAAUUAAAAUGGGGUGGUAGUCGAAAUAGCAGCUCGAAUGGCGCAGCACCCCUCGAGGGCGCUGGCGCACUAAAUGUUACUCGCAGACCGGGCUUUGUUUGCGCACUGUGGCUAGCCGAAAGUGGAUCGCACGAACAUGUUGCAAGGACAACUUCACUUGUUAUACUGAUGCU